AUGCCCCAGCUUCUUACGCGAUCUUUUAAACGAUCCAUCAAUUAUCGAAUCUCCGAAUGGAAAUGGAUGGUUUCUUUCCGAGCCGAUCACGAAUCCACUCAAAUGAGAGAUAAUUGGCUGCGAGAAUUUCUUUGUGAACUCCCCGAAUUGAUCGAGCAAAUCCCGAAAGUAAAGGAAAUCGGAAUCAAGUCAAUUGUUGAUCCAUAUCGGGAGAAAUUCGCAAAAAUAGAUCAAGAAUUGGAGGAGAACUCUCGAGCACUUGAAGAGUCGUUGGACAAAGCGAAUGGAACAGUC